AUUCGGUCUCGGUUGGGAGAGCAUUGAGCCUGUAGCUGUGAAGAACUGAUAUAUACACCUCCACGGAGAGGUGGAUGGUCACAGCCCCCGUGUCAUGGCGCGAUCAUAAAGAGGGCAUAGACAUCGGAAUCUCUCUCUCUCUCUCUCUCUCUCUCUCCCUCUAUAAUCUAUUCCAGGAUCUUGCUGUCCUCCUCGCUUGUAUUUGAACAUCACUGUGCUGCCCAAAUACAUUGGUUUUCUCGUAUGAUGUUUAGGUUGUGGAAAUGGUAUCAGAAAUGCUUGGCUGUUCAUCCAGUUAAGACGCAGAUCGUCAGCUCGGGGUUUCUCUGGGGAGUUGGAGAUGUUGCUGCCCAGACCGUUACUCACUACUCUACAAGGAAAAAAAAUCGCCUGAACUAUACAGAUACAGAUGAAGAAUUCAAGAUCAAUUGGAGAAGAGUGGCUAUCACAAGCAUGUUUGGGUUUGGAUUUGUUGGACCAGUUGGCCAUUUCUGGUAUGAGGGCUUAGACAGAUUCAUAAGGAUGCAACUUCAUCUACAACCAAGAUCACCACGGUUUGUUGCUACAAAAGUGGCAAUGGAUUCCUUAAUUUUUGGACCCCUGGAUCUGUUCAUAUUUUUCACUUAUAUUGGUUUCUCAACUGGCAAGAGUGUUGCUCAGGUGAAAGAAGAUGUAAAGCGGGAUUUCCUUCCGGCCUUGAUUUUGGAGGGAGGGAUAUGGCCAGUCCUUCAAGUUGCAAAUUUCCGUUUUGUUCCAGUGAGGUACCAACUCCUCUAUGUGAACGUCUUCUGCUUGUUGGAUAGUACCUUUUUAUCAUGGAUUGAACAGCAAGAGGAUGCUCCUUGGAAACAGUGGUUUACAUCUUUCCUAGCUUUGGAAGAACGAGAAAGCUAGCAUUGAUCAUUUGUUAUAAUCCUUACUGUAUCCCUCUCCCUCAAGUGAAUUGCAAUUCAUAUUUCCUGUCAAGAUUAUUCAUGUAAAGUUGACAGAAGACCCUGAAUGCCAACAUUGGUUUUUAGAGUUGGGGUUCAUGGAAUUUGAUUCAAAGUGUCUUCAAGCCUUUA